UAUGUCUCGGCAGGUAGUAUAAGUGGACAGUAACCCGUUUUAACCCGUUUAUGUCUGGUUUCGCGGCUCCUGGUUGUGUUGCUGUCGACGCCUGCGCACUCCGGACACAAUAUCGAGCCGCCCUUCUUCCUCCCCGCCAGCUCGCACCGCAGGGUCGGGCGGACAUCGACUCACAACAACCCCGAGUCCUUUUACUCCUCUAAUUUCACAUUUUCCUGGAUAAAAUGGAGAGCCCGUAUCGCACCGAAAACGAGUCCCCGCUCCUGCUGCCGUCUCUCCGCCUCUUCAUCCCUCCUCUGCGCCUGGUGUCUGCGGCCAUGUGGCAGGUCGUCCAGAGGGGCAGCGUGCAGGACUACGGGACGGUGGAGGAGUUCAUCAGCACAGUUUCAGACAUCGUUCCUGAUCUUCUGAAUGCAGAUCAGAAAGCUCAGCUCCUCCUGGGACUCAGAGCGCGGGUGGUUCUUGAAUUGUGUCGGGCCGAGCAGAUACAAGACACAGAAACCAUCGAGAUGCACCUGGAGCGGAUCAAGGCCCUCGUGUCCACCUGGGCAGCACAGCCAUGCUUUGCAGAAGUUGAGUUUCCAGAAUCCAACUUUGUGGAUCAGGUUGAAUUGUUGUUGAAAGACGCUGAAGAAAAGGAGAAGUUUUUCCAGGAUGUCUUUCCUACAGAUUUCGGGCCUGAAUAUGACGGCGCUCUACAGGUGCUAAUGCUGGAUUUCCUGUCCAGACUGGAGAAGCUUCUUCCAGUGCCAGACAUUCAGCAGACUGCCUCCAUGCUCAGUGCUGUCCCAUCUGCUCUGGAGGAGUGUGUGCACUCUGUUCCCGACCCACAGCACCUGAAAACUGUGCUCCAGUACCACACAACACUGGGACAUUUCGACUUAUCUGAUGAAACUCAGACCAUUCCUUCUUCCUUUGGGAACUGCAUCCUGUCUUCGCUGUCCCUCCCUCAGCUGGAGAAGGUCGUCAUCCACGCAGAUCAGAUCCAGUUACAGCCUCCGUCGGAGCAGAUGCAGGGCUGCAUGACUGUGCAGGUGGAGGGGGAAACCGUGACGCUGCUGGACUACAUUCAGAUUGAACAGCCGUCCGGUUUGGGCGAUCCUGACGAUGAAACGGAAAAUGAGGUAAACGAGGACGGGGCUGAGGACAUCAGGGACGCCCUGAAGCCGGCAGCGUUUCAACCGCUGAAACAAAGCAAAAGACUGCAGGUGAAGAGAAAAGCCAUAACGGAAAAAGACUCAACGGCCGAGAAGAGGCAAAGAAAAAAGUACCCCAACAAUAAAACCUGUCCUGUGUGCAAUAAGGUUUUCCUGCGGGCUGCGGCCAUGAGACGCCACCAAGAAACUCACUCUGCCAACCGGGAAUUCAAAUACAAGUGCGCCAACUGUGAUAAACGAUUCAGGGACCAUUACGACAUGAACCGGCACAACAUGCGCGUUCACGAAAAAGAAGGAAUCAGCACUAAAGAGGAGGACGCAGGAGAUCCAAGCACCUCCGAGAUGUCGGAAAACACAAAAUCUGCGCUCUGUGCGGGAAGUACUUUGGCCGUCGUGUCGACAUGGAGCGACACAUGA